CGAGAGAUCGUGAACGAGCAAUGCGGCCGGAGGGGGACGAGAGUUGCAGCGGCGUCCCAAUGGCAGACGGAGGCCAUGGCCACUUGGAACUCAGUCUCCCUCUCUUUGCUGCGUCGAUCGCGCAUGAAGCUGCUGUUCUCGCAAUGCAGCGCUCAGUUGUUGGUGUCGAUUUGCUUCGGUGGUGGUGGUGCUGUUGUUGUCUCGAGGCUAAGCAUCGUCGGCAUUUUUGAAGCCGCCUCAGAAAUCUGUAGUUUGAUGCCUUGAUUUUCUACUCGAUGUUUUCAGCGGGAAUUUGACCUGCCGUUGGUGAUCUCUUGGCGUCAAUUUGAGUUUGGUGGAUUUGGGGCAGAGCUCAACCGACAGAUUGUGAGCAUUUUUUCAGUGAUUCCACAAUUUUUCUCGUAUCUGAACUGUAGAUUAGGUUAGGCGUAGCUUUGUCGCUGAAAUCUAACAUUCGAGCUCUUAUCGCUACUCCAUCUCGUGGCAGUGGAGUGGGAAAGAUUCAUGGAGAUCGUUGAACAGAAACACAACGAGAAUGGGCCCGCUUGUUGUGAGGCGAUCGGAACUGAGCCUGUCGCCGUGCGCGUUUCCUUUGAGGGGAAUAUUGGAGUAGGGAAGUCGACGAUUCUGAAGCUGCUUCAAUCACAUCCGCGUCUGCAGGGCAGGAAGACAGAAGUGUUGCAGGAGCCCAUAUGGGAGUGGCAGAAUGUCAAGGGGACAGGCCUGAACAUGUUGGAUGCUUUCUACAAAGAUCCGAAAAGAUACGCCUACCUAUUUCAGAGCUUCGUCUUUACGACCCGGUUUCUGCAACAAAAUACAGCUGCGAAGGAAUCAACAGCAGCACUGCUGCUGAUGGAGCGAUCAGUCUUGACUGAUCGUUGUGUAUUUGUGAAGACUUGCACGGAGCAAGGAUAUUUUAACUCCCUUGAAUCCGCUGCUUAUGAUGCUUGGUAUGAUGGCGUUGUAUCUACACUUCCAGGCGUGGUGCCUCAUGCUUUUGUAUAUCUGAGAGCGGAUCCAAGUGUGUGCUAUGAUCGUUUGAAAACACGGGGGCGGUCGGAGGAAGCAGGGGUCAGCCUGGAGUACCUUCAAUCCCUCCAUUCCAAGCAUGAGAAGUGGUUUAUCGAUAGUGCAUUCAAGGGUGCUGGAAAUGGAAAUUGGGGUGGCAAGUCACAGGCGGGAUAUUUUUUCACACAUUCAAACGUACCAUCUGUAAUCAAAGGACGCCCGGUCUUCGUUGUUGACUGCAGUUACUCAUUGGAAUUUGGUAAACUCUCAGAAGAGGUAGAUCGGGUGGUAGAGGAAAUCGUGGAUUUCUUGCUAGAUAUUCCAAAGAGAUUGCAGCAAGCUCUUGAAGGCCCGCACACUCACUCACUCGAAUUACCUCGUGCUGUUACGUGAAUACGUGGAAGAAUAGGUAGCUACAAGUUGGGCUAGGGAAUUUGUAGUGAUUUUCAGCUGCAGAGACUUAUCAGCUAACAGCGUUCUGCAACCUCCUUACUAUCUCGAGAAGAAGUACCUUGUCAGAUAUCCUUUUGAUGAGUUGAUCAGGAUUUGAGUGCAUGGUAUGAACAAGCUCUAGACGAGCAUUUAUUAAUUGAUGAAAUUGCGUCUUGCCGGCGUACUGUUUAUAACA